AUGACAGAGGUCGAUAGAUUACAACAUCACCAUCAUCAUCAUUUGGAGUUCACUCCAACAACAGCAGCAAGAAAGAUGAUGAUGAUGAACCAUAAUCAUAAUGGUGGUGGUGGUGGUAGUAGCGAGAUUGCGUCUCACCUCCCAAACCACUAUUACGUUGGCAAUAAUCAUUCCUCGUCUUCUUCUUCUUCCUCUUCGACAUCGACCGCGGCAGCAGCAGCAGCGGCCAUGUUCAUACCCUCAAUGGUUACCACUAUCAAUGGUGCCAACAACUCUGGUAACAACAAAUAUCAUCAUCAUUUACAAGUCGAGGAUUACAAUAGCAGUGGAAGUACCAGCAGUAUAUUUGGCCACGAAGCAUUGUCACCUCCAAAUUCUCAAUACAUGAUGGAUAAUUGUGGUAACAACAACAAUAGUAGUAAUAAUGGUUUUAAAAAGAGAAAAAAUAUAAAUGACAAUGGUUUAUCAUCACAACAACCACAACAACCACAGCAACAACAAACCCAUAUUUUGAUAAAUAAUAAUAAUAAUAAUAAUAAUAGUAAUGUCUGUAUUCAUGGAGAUGAUAAAAUAAUUGAUCAACAUAAAUAUUAUGGCAACAAUAAUAAUAAUAGUAAUUUAAAUAACAAGAAAAUGAAACAACAUAAUAAUAAUAAUAUUAAAAUCGAUAAUAAUAAUAAUAAUAAUAUGGUCAUUAUUGGUCAUAUGUUAUCAACCAAUGAUUUAAAUGAUUCAAAUUUUAAUACACAAAAUUAUAUUUGUUCAUCAACUUCUACAUCACCUCCCAUUUUCCAUGAUAAUGAGAGUUGCACCACCACUGUAUCAUCAAGCCAACAACAACAGCCAUACCAUUACCAUCAAUUCCAACAACCAUCAUCGACUAGCCAACAACAACAACAACAACAACAACAAAAUUUAAAUACCACCACACCUGUUUCAAUUUACCAACCAAUAAUAACUCAACAACAACAACCAAAUAUUUUAACAACUCAACAACAACCAAAACAAUCUAGUCGAAAACAAUCAACUAGAAAACAACAAACACAAUCCAAACAUUUAAUUUUACCUCAACAACAACAACAUCAACAGCAGCAGUUGUUGCCACAUCAAAUAGUGACAAUUGCACCACAAACAUAUGCAGCGGCUAGUUCAUCAACAUCUACAUCAUUCCAACCACCUCCACCUCAUAUUAUAAACUCUUUUAUUUCUUCGCCACCAACACCCAUUUUACAUAAACCAAUUCCAUCCAAACCUUCUCCGCCAUCCAUCACCACCAACAUCCCCACUGUCAAUAACAACCUGCAUCCAUCACACCAACAACCAACCAAAUCCAACACCACCUCUUCAGCACGUAAAGUGGUCGACCAAUCCAGUAGUAGUAGCAAGACAUAUGGAUCAAGCAACAAUAUCACUCCCCACAUCAAGUUGUCUGACAAACUCAAUGCAUUCAAGCCGAUUGUCAAAGAGUUUCCAUCCAAUGUAUCCAUGGGCAAUAUAGGAUUCCCUAUACUCAAUUUUUCAGCACCAUCCAAUCCCACCUACACUAUAAAUCGACCACAUUAUAUUUUAUCACCCUUUUUCCCUAUUGAAAAAGAUAUCAUCCCUUCAUCUUCAUCAUCAACCAAUAUUAUCAACAACAUCACCAUCAACAACAACAACAACAACAAUCGUUUAGAUUUACAAAAUAACAACAACAAUGUAAUUAAUAACCAUCUGUAUAAUAAUAAUAAUAAUAAUUUAUCUGUGAAUAAUAAUAAUAAUAAUAAUAAUAAUCAUUUAAACAAUAAUAAUAAUAAUAAUCAUUCACCUUUAUUUAAACAUAGUAAUAAUAAUAAUAAUAACCAAACGACAACAGAACAACAACAACAACAAAGAGGAGCAAAAUCUAAACAAGAACAACAACAACAACAACCACCUUAUACAGUACAAAUCCAACAACAACAACAACAAACCAACAACAACAACAUGACCAACAAUAACCAGAAUAAUCAAAAUAAUAAUAACAAAAAGAAAAAGAGAUUGCAAGGUUACUGUGAAUGUUGUAAUAAUGAAUAUGAAAACCUAAAAUCACAUUUGGAGAGCAAAGAGCAUAGAUCAUUUGCUGAAAAGGAUAAAAACUAUAGAGCGAUCGAUGCGUUAAUGAAACAGUUCCCUUUUUCAUUUGGUGAUCAAAUAUCAUUACAUCCACAAUAA